UGUCAUUUUAUUAUUAUUAUUUCGACAAUCAUCAUCAUCAUCAGCAUGGCGACCGUUGAGGCGUUGACCGACUCGAUCCGAGUCACAGCGCAGCAGCACCAGCGACUGACUGACUUGCGCCGCCGCGAGAUGGAGCGGUCGUGGCUCAUUCACCAGGCACUGGCACUGGCAGAGGCGUCCAUGCUGCUGGGAGUCCUCCCUGCUCAAGCGGCUCAAGCGCUGCAGCAACCAGUCGCGAUUCCGUCCAUUGCAGACACAAUGAUCACUGCAAACGAUCUAUGCAUGGCAUUUCGUCUCGAAGCGCUGGAAAAGCGCUCGUCACACCGUCGCGCCGUCUCGCUCCACGUCAAGCACGAGUUUGCCGUGCACUACUUGCUCAAUUCGAUCAGCUCGUUAGCACACGAACUGCAGCUCAUGAAACAAGAAGGACUCUAUCAAGACGAUACAGAGGACGUCAUGGCGCGAAUCGAUCCCAACGUGCUCGAAGCCGGUCUGUCCCAAUCCACCAACUUUCUUGAGCGAGCGGUCGCGGAACCAAGUCUAUGUCGCAUGUACUUGCUACAGCUCGCGCACUUGGUCGGUCAGCUCAAUGACAAAACAAUGACAUAUCUCGUCGGAGUCAAGCCGGGAAGCACUGCGCAGCACGAGCGAGAGCUUCAGCUGCAACAACAACAACAGCAGCUUCAACAACAGCAGCAGCUCCAGCAAGGUUCUGGGCAAGGGACGCAAAACAACGCACACAUGCAGGUUGCAGCCGCCGUUUCAGCGUCCUCCAAUAUGACCAUGCCGCUCGGUACACGCGCAACAUCAAUCUCCGCCCAAUCCUCGGCUGCCUAUCUUGCCGCGGCGGGCAACAACGGUGAUCCCGGGGUCUCUGCAGCAUCGGCCAGUCUUCAGCCUGAUGAGCAGUUUGCCCUGGAUGUCGUGGUGGAUGAAGCAAGAACCGUUGGCAGCGGAUUAAAUGCCUUCACGCUUUACAGCUGCAUUGCCCUCCGAAGCAACGGUCCAAAUCUGGUCGUUGCUCGACGCUACAACGAUUUCGUCAAGUUCCGAGAAUUGCUGGUCGAUCGCAAUCCCUCGCUGCGUGACAACCUCCCAAAACUUCCGGAAAAGAAAGUGAUUGGCAAAUUCAAACAGGCGUUUAUUCAAAAACGCAAGCAAGGUUUGGAGGUUUUUUUGCGCUUCGUGGCUACGCAUCCAUGGAUGUGCGACCAAGAUUUGCUUCGGUCCUGGUUCCUGCAGUCAUUCACAGCGGACGGCGACGACAAGGAGUAGUAACGGUUCAAAGUUAUGCCGAUAGAUUAUGUUAUACUUGUACAUAAUUAAUAUAAAAUUGGUGAAAUGUGC